AUGUCUAACAGCAGCUCCAUCACCCAGUUCCUCCUCCUGGCAUUGGCAGACACGCGGGAGCUGCAGCUCUUGCACUUCUGGCUCUUCCUGGGCAUCUACCUGGCUGCCGUCCUGGGCAACGGACUCAUCAUCACCACCGUAGUGUGUGACAAACAUCUCCACACCCCCAUGUACUUCUUCCUCCUCAACCUGUCCCUUCUUGACCUGGGCUCCAUUUCUACCAUUGUCCCCAAAGCCAUGGCCAAUUCCCUGUGGGAAACCAGGGCCAUCUCCUAUGCAGGAUGUGCUGCCCAAGCUUUUCUCUUUUUAUUUUUCAUUUCAACUGAGUAUUUUCUCCUCACUGUCAUGGCCUAUGACCGCUACGUGGCCAUCUGCCAGCCCCUGCACUACGCGACCCUGCUGGGCAGCAGAGCUUGUGUCCACAUGGCAGCUGUUGUCUGGGGUAGUGAUGUUCUCUAUGCUGCGCUGCACACGGCCAAUACUUUUUCACUGCCGCUCUGCCACGGCAAUGCCCUGGGACAGUUCUUCUGUGAAAUCCCACAGAUCCUCAAGCUCUCCUGCUCACACACCUACCUCAGGGAAGUGGGGCUUAUUGUGGUUAGUGCCUUCAUAGCAUUUGGCUGUUUUGUUUCCAUCAUGCUGUCCUACGUUCAGAUCUUCAGGGCUGUGCUGAGGAUCCCCUCUGAGCAGGGACGGCACAAAGCCUUUUCCACGUGCCUCCCUCACCUGGCCGUGGUCUCCCUCUUUCUCAGCACUGGCACAUUUGCCUACCUGAAACCCCCCUCCGUCUCCGCCAAAUCUCUGGACUUGGCGGUCUCAGUCCUGUACUCGUUGGUGCCUCCAGCACUGAACCCCCUCAUCUACAGCAUGAGGAACCAGGAGCUGAAGGACGCACUGAAGAAGCUGAUGGGAAGACACUUGAUUCCCAUGUUUCCCACAGCUCAUCUCUCAGUUCCAGAGGGACUUCAUUUGCCGGUUCCCGCUUCCUUUCAGCAGCUCAUUCAACGUUCUGUGGGACUUGCAGCCUGCCGCUCAGCCUGGCGGUUCAUAAACCCAUCACAUCGGGGUCUCCAGUUUGCUGCAAUGGAUAGACGGGACGCUGUUUGA